ACCUGAAAAAGAGCCGCGCCCUAUGCCAGCAUGCCUCGCUCCGUGUUUUCGCCGCCCUACGGCUGAAGCAAACACCCGCCCCGUCCGCCUGCUCCAACCGCCGCCGCCCUCGAGUACAUUGCUGUGUUAGCACCUUGGCCAUGGACCAUCAGCACCAGCCCUGGAUGCCAGAUCCUGCCUCUGGCAGCGAGUCAUUUUCUCGCGCGGCACGUAACCUCGGGCGACCCCAACCCUACAAACCUCAAGCUCCAGCUCCCACCUGCCCAAUUCUGCACCUUAGCAAAGAGCUUUGUAGACUAAUAUGCAGUGCAUGUAAUACAGUGUGACCAAUGCCGCUCCCGAAAAAUCCGCUGCGACAGGCAAACACCAUGUGCCAACUGUCGCACAGCCUCGCGGAACUGCACCACGACCGGUCUGGGGCGCAGGAGCGUUGUUGGUGGUCAACGGGUUCUCAUAUCCACCCAAUAUGAGAGAAAGAUAGACCGCAUCGAGGAAAGGCUCGGGGCGAUCGAGGAGCUGCUCAGGAGGGACCGCCAGCCCGAUCGUGGCUCCGCCCCUCGCCGCUCGACCCCCAUCACGACCGAGUUCCCCAUCAGGACCGUGUCGUCGGUGGCCGCCUCGAGCAACAAAACGCCCGGGAGCCAGGCCAGCUCGCCCCCGGAGCCUGACCUCCCGCCCACGUACGAGGGCGGCUCCUCGCUAACGGCACAGUCCACUUUUGCUGGCGAGUUCUUUGAGAACGCCGUCGGGCUGACGCCCGUGCACGACGAUGGGAACCCCAGGAUGUACGACGCCCUGGCGUCGCUGCGCCAGAUCGUGACCAUGCAGAGGGAUCACCCGUCGGCCUCGGAGCUGGGGCUCAGAGGAAACGGCCAGCCAAAGUCGGUGACCAGCGGCAUGCAGAACCUGAAGAUGCCGCCCAUGGCCACCGUGCUGGGCCUGCUGCGUCAACUCAAAGAAUCUGGCGCCUCCAACAUCCUGGAGAAUGACCUUCCGUUCAUAGAGAAUGACGAGUUUGUCGAGAUGUGCAGAAACGUCUAUUUCAACGCCGACGACUUCACCGAGGCCACCUUCAUCAUCGUCAACGCCUGUCUCUACCACAUCUUUGCCGAGGAGAGCUACGCGACGGACAAUGCGUCGCUCAGGCAGGAGUACCAGGGCUACGAGGAGCUGUGUCAAGAAAACCUCGAGGCGGCCUUCUUCCGCCUCCCGCUCUGCCUGCCCGCCACGUCGCAAAACAUCAAAGCACUCCUCAUCGGUACCAUGCACACCAUCGGCCACAACUGCAGACCCUCGCUAGCAUGGAAUCUGAUAACCACGGCCGCGCGCAUGUGCCAGGCCCUCGGCUAUCACCGGCAGGAGGUCAUGAGGAAAGAAGACCAGCAGGCCAGGAACCUCAAGGCCGUUGUGUUUUGGUACGUAUACGUGCUGGAAAACGCCCUCGCGCUCCGGCUAGGGUACUCGUCCGUGAUCCGAAGCUGCGAGGUCACAAUACCACGGGAUGUCGACAAAACAGCCCCGCCCGGACCGUGGUCGAGCUUGCUGGGGCUGUCGGUCAAGGUUGCCGACAUCCAGGCAAACGUCUACGAGCUCUUAUACAGCCCCCGCGCCUCGGCCAAGCCGCGGAGCCAGAUCGUCGACUGCGCGCGGCGGCUGAGCCGGGAGCUCGAGGUGGUCAUGGACGACGCGCGCAAGGCGCGCAGCCUCAUCACCGAGGAGUUCAAGCCCACGACGCAGUACCAGGACUCGCUCGACCUGCAGCUCAUCGGCGACGAGAUCACGUGCUACACGACCCUCACCAUGAUCACGCGCGCCAUCCCCGCGCCCGAGGGGUCGGCCGACAGCUUCUGCGACGAGUGCCUGGACGCCGCCCGCCGCGUCAUGCGCAUGCACCAGGCCUGCGUCGCCGCCAGCGCCGACAACCUCGAGCUGCAGGUCGCCUACAUCCACUGGUCCAUCGUCCUGACGCCCUUUGCGCCCUUCUUUGUGCUCUUUUGCCAGACCAUAAGCACCUCGUCCGUCGAGGACCUGGCCCGCAUCCGCGACUUUGCCGACUCGCUCCUGCCCGCCAGCCGCAUCUCGGACCAGGUGCGGAAGCUGCAGCGCCUCUGCCACGUCUUUUGCAACGUCGCCACCACCUACCUCGAGGCCAAGAGCCGCCAGCAGCAGCAGGAACACCAGCAGCAGCAACAACACCACCACCUCGACGACCAGGGCGACCAGGACAUGAUGCAAAUCGGCGAGUUCGACGUCUGCCUUGGCGCCCUCGGGCUCAUGCAGCCCGACGCCUCCUCCGCCCACCACCACCACCACCACCACCACCAACAGCACCAGCAAGGCACCGGCUGGCCCCACCACCCCGACGGCGGCGUCCCGCUCGAGGGCCAGCCCCUGGACAUGCACCACCACCAGCAGCAAAUGGGUCCCAUCGACUUCAGCCUGGGGGACUGGUUCGCCGGGAGCAGGGACAUCAUGGGCCUCCUGGAUGGCGGGAUGCGGCCCUUCGGAACCCCGCCCGAAGGCAUGUGAAGCAGAGGCAGCGGGUCCGUUCCGUGUCCACAUACUAGACACGCCCACGCGCCUACUAAGCCACAUGCGGCGGACGAUGGGUCCAGGAGGUGGGGGAAAGUGGGAGAGAGAAAAAAAAUCUACUCAUACAUACUAUGAGGCGGUUGCAGGGUUCUCGCGUGUUGGGUGCCCGCGGGCGUCGGGGAAUGUGGGCAUAAGCUUUUUGCGGCCCGGAAAUUUUUAACAAUUCAAUGUGGUAGAUUAGAUGGGUGGUAGAGCCUCACAUUAACCCGGGCUGUGCAAGCAUUCGUUCUUUUUUUUUCUCUUCUUGUUUUCAUACCCUGCUCUCGAGCUACUUCCAGCAGUCAUAUUUACAAAACAGCAGCUGAGCCGGCAGGGGCUUGGUCAAGAGAGACAGCACGUAAUCAAGGCAUCAAAUCUUGCCUACUAAUAUAGCCAGCCUGGUGGAAAAGCCAAUCGUGUCAUUACCCCCUGCAUAGAAAGUUGCCAUAGCGCCAUUCAGGAAGACCGGUUAAUGGUCAAGGGCUUAAACGG